GAAAGAAAAGAGAGAGGAGGAAAAAGCAUAAAGAAGAACGUAGCAUAACAUAGGAAGAACGAAAGGGAGAGGCGAAAAAAGAGAGGAGGAAAAAGGAGAAUAAAGAAGAAUAAAGCAUAACAUAGUAUAGAAAAACGGAAGGGAGAGGCAAAUACUGAUGAGAGGAGAGUAAGAACGAGGAAAAUAAAGCGGAACGUAGCACAGGACAGGAGAGGAACGGGAGGGAGAGAAGAGACGGAGAGGUGGAGGUGAGGGGAGUGGAGGUCGCAGUAGUAGUAGAGAGUAAAGGGAUGCUGGGGAGAGGAGGAGGAGGAGGAGGAGGAGGUGACACUGGUGGUGGUGGUGGAAGGGUGCCUAGCGAGUGAGUGCCUGCUGGUUAUGAUGUCAGUGUAGGAGGACGCAGCGAGGAGAGAGGUUGUCCGUCGCUCCACCUCACCACCACCACAACCAUCACGGGGCUUUAACCUGUCAUGCCCCUCCUCGCCGCUCCCCGCCCUGCUUCCCUUCUGUUGCUACUGACGCUGCGGGAGUGACGACUCUUCGGUUGUUGGUGCUUGUGAUCUUACUUAGCAGAGUGUUAUCUUUGACGAGAUCCACCUGAGUGACCUGAGCGUGGCGGAGUGCAGCACCAAGAACAUCAACCACAGCUUUCAGUGUAUCACCCCCUUUCGGAGCCUCGUGUUGGCCGCGGACACCAGACGCGAGAUGGAGGAGUGGAUAGCCGCUCUCAAGGCAGCCAACACCACCACCCACUACUAUGAGGGCACGGAGCAGGUCCACUCGCUGCUCUCGGGUCAACACAACUGGUACGCCACCUCGCACGCGCGGCCCACCUACUGCAAUGUGUGUCGGGAGGCGCUCUCAGGGGUCACGUCGCACGGGCUGAGCUGCGAGGUGUGCAAGUUUAAGGCCCACAAACGGUGCGCUGCCAAGGCCAUCAACAACUGCAAGUGGACGACCCUCGCCUCGGUGGGCAAGGACAUUAUAGAGGACGAGGACGGGAACCUCGCGAUGCCCCACCAGUGGAUCGAGGGGAACCUGCCUGUAUCCGCGAAGUGUGCAGUGUGCGAGAAGACGUGUGGCUCAGUCCUCAGACUACAGGACUGGAGAUGCUUGUGGUGCAGGUCAAUGGUUCACACGGCCUGUCGUCCUCUCCACCCCACCCGCUGUCCUCUUGGUCCCUGUCGCAUCUCCAUUGUUCCACCCAUUGUCCUCUCCACCAUAGGAACAGAUGAGUCUUGGGAGGCCACCAGACCCCAGGGCUGCUCCCCCCUCCUGGUGUUCGUCAACAGCAAGAGUGGGGACAACCAAGGCGUUAGGUUUUUGCGUCGCUUCAAGCAGCUCCUCAACCCAGCACAAGUGUUUGAUCUGAUGAAUGGCGGGCCGGUGCUGGGGCUGAGGCUUUUUAAGUGCUUCAACCCAUUUAGAAUAUUGAUAUGCAGUGGAGAUGGCUCCGUGGGAUGGGUGUUGUCUGAAAUUGACAAAAUACAUAUGACAAAUCAGUGCCAGAUAGGGGUACUGCCGCUGGGGACUGGGAAUGACCUGGCGCGGGUGCUGGGCUGGGGCUCCGCCUGUGACGACGACACGCACCUCCCCCAGACGCUGGAGCGGUACGAGCGGGCCACCACCAAGAUGCUGGACAGGUGGAGCAUAAUGAGCUACGUCAGCCAUGUGUCACUGAGUCCACAGCCCAAGCUGGAGUCCCUCGCCUCCCACUCGCUGCACUCACAGGUGGCUGAGUAUGAGGACUCAGUUGGGGCACACCUGGCGACCCUCCUUCAGUCUGACCAGAACUCAGAAGUCAUUUCAUCUGCCAAAGUCUUGUGUGAGACAAUCAAGUCCCUCAUACUGAAAGUCGGAAGAAGUUGGGGUGACGCAUCGCAGACCACGGAGGGCAGUGUCGACACCCAGGAGGACUCUCUGACGGCAAAGUGCGCGGUGCUGAAUGACAAGCUGGACCUCCUGCUGCGCACCUUGCAUGAGGAGAGUGUGGCCCACCAGACCCUCCAGAGAGCUUCCAUUUCCUCCCUCAGCACCACCACCGCCGAGGAGUCGUCAUCCCUUGUGGAGGAGAGUCCAGACACAAGUAUUGAUCUUGACCCAGCAGAGAGAGGAGCAGCGUGUAAUCAGCUAAAGAAGAGACUGAAAAAGAAACACUUCAUUGAGAGAGACGCCCUCAUGUCCCGAGCCAACAGCCUGAAGAAAGCUGUGCGGGAGAUCAUAGAGCACACAGAAAAGGCUGUUGAUGACCAGAAUGAACAGACCACCAUCAGGCUGCCUCCCCCAACCAUACUUCUUGAACCCUCUGAGGAUACUGUAGUUCAGGGAGUUGGUCAACAAGGAAUCAAGAUGGCAGGUUUGCAGGUCCUUCCAACCAUAGAAGGCUCCUCCACCGAAGCGUCACCCUGUGCUUCCCCAAUGCCAGGAGCCACCAAGACACCAUAUGUAUGCUCUAUCACAACCACUUUUCCACUCCCUCCAGUCUCCCCUGUUCCCACCCUGCUGCCCACACACCCUCUGCACCUCCCCCACCCCAGCCACCAGUUAGGUGCUACUCCACCCUCAACAUUCCUCCACCCGCCGGGAGCGUUAGGUGAUGGUGGUGGUGCUGAUCCACUUGGUCUCAACUUCCAGAUGCUGUCACCUCUUCCAGACCAGCGAAGAGACAGCCACACCGAGUUUGACUUCGCAAACAUUCCUGCACCGAGUGCAUUUGCUGACAGGUCCAGAAAGAACAGCAUGCAGGAGGGGAGGAGGGAUUCAGUCAGUGAAAAAAAUGCCAUUUCUCUAGAAGGUAUAGAGGUCAGAAUACAGUCUUCAACAGACAACCUUGUAGAUGUGUGUGAAGAUGAACCGUACAUGUUUGAAGAGAAACCCAUUGAGGAGAGACGAGAAUCAUUACCUAGUUUGUUGGACAAGUCUUUUACUAUUGAUGAAGAUGUGGAACAGUUAGAAUCAAAGAGUGAAACAGAUGAGAGAGAUCUAGAGGAAGAUAGUGAAAGUGCUGCUGGUGAUUCAGAUGACCAUGACGAGCUGCAGGAGGAUGGGAAAGACAAAACAGAAACACAGGACAGUGAUGAAACGGAUGAAACUGUAAGGGAAACACAGGAGGGGGAUGGUGGAGAGGACAACAGCACCCCAGAGGUUGACACUAGUGGGUUAGAGGAAGUCCCAAAAGGAGUAGAGGAAGAGGAGUUUCAGGCCACCACACUUCAGAAGGAGGAAAAAGAAGAUGCAAGUUCUGUUCAAGAAGAAGAGGGAGAAACAUCUACCAUUAAAGAGGAAGAGGAGGUAACAUCAUCGAAGCAAGAACAGGAAGAGGAGGAGGGGGAGGAAGAGAAAGGAAUAGAGGCAGUAGAUGCAGAAAAAGAAGAGAGGGUUUCCAGAAGAGAAGACCCAAUGGGAGGAGAGGCGCCUGUGGAACCAAGUCUUCCAGAGGUUCCUUUGGCAGAGGAGGAAAUCCCUGACAGCCUGGAGGAGGAGGCAGCGGAGGACAGCAUUGUCUCCCCACCAAUGGAACGCAUCGUGGAAGGAGCAGAGGCUGUGACUGAAGAUGAGAUGGAGGAGGAAGAAAAAGGUGAGAAUACAUCAAGGCGCAUAUCUUCAGGCUCAACCCUGAAAAGUCAAGCCGGCCCCAUAUCCACCUUGAGUGUGGCUUCUCCCCCUGCUGGGCGGGACAAGAGCAGGAGUCCCGAUCGUGGGGGGCGGGGGUCCUUCUGCAGAGGGGUAGCUAGGGGUUCUGCGGCUGGUCGGCCAUCACGCAAACACCUCCCUAUCAUCAAUCCACUAGUCUCACUACCCAUGUGGCCAAACAUUGCCACCGGGGGAAGCACUGGCGGACUCAUCAGGAAGGUGCUGCUUGCCAACGCUGACACCCUCUGUGCUGCCGCCUCGCCUCUCAUGGACCUGGAUGACUCCUCGCUAGAGGGCUUCACUGAAAGGUGCAUAAUGAAUAACUACUUUGGCAUUGGCAUUGAUGCAAAAAUCACACUAGACUUUCACAACAAAAGAGAAGAACAUCCAGAAAAAUGUCGCUCAAGAACCAAGAACUUCAUGUGGUAUGGAGUCCUGGCAUCCAAGGAGUGGCUGUGUAAAACCUACAAGAAUCUGGACCAACGAGUGCAACUUGAGUGUGAUGGAGAAAGGAUUCCUCUGCCGUCCCUGCAGGGCAUAGUUGUGCUAAAUAUUCCCAGUUUUAUGGGAGGCACCAACUUCUGGGGAGGAACAAAAGAAGACGACAGUUUCUUGGCACCAAGUUUUGAUGACCGAAUUUUGGAGGUUGUGGCAGUGUUUGGCUCAGCACAAAUGGCUGCGUCUCGAAUAAUAAAUCUGCAGCACCACCGGAUAGCCCAGUGCUCAAGCAUCAAGAUCACAAUCCUUGGCGAGGCUGGGGAAGAAGGUGUUCCUAUCCAAGUUGAUGGGGAGGCGUGGACACAGCCACCAGGAAUAGUUCGAAUUGUCCACAAAAACAGAGUGCAGAUGCUGUGCAGGAAUAGAGACUUGGAAGUGUCGCUGAAGGCAUGGGAGGAGAAACAGCGCAGUUUAGGCAGCCAAACCAAACAGCUGACCUUACUGGCUGAUGAGGAGCUGCCCGUCUUGGCAAUGCUGGCCACCACCGUUUCAGACAUCAUUGUGUGUGUGAAAGCAGCAGCAGCAGCCACUUCCUCUCUGGAGACAGCCUUUGGAGAGCUGGCCGCCUCAGCCUUGUCGUGUCUGGAGAAAGUGUGGCGUGACAACAGAGUCAUUGAGAGUCCAAACCUGAGAAUGUUGGCAACUGAGCUGGUGCACAACAUAAGACAUCUUCAGACAGAAGUUCUGCGCACACUAAAGGAGGAUCCUUCUGUAAUUAGCCAGACGCUGGCAGACAGCCUCCAGACUGCCCUGUCUUCCUUCGAUGGUGUGCUGAAGCCUGUGCAUGAAAAGGACAGCCUCAUGCACUUUGUUUCAGAAGAGGAAGGAGAGCCAAAGAGGGCUCACUCCAAGGGGUUGUUUAAACUGAAGCUGAAGCGUGAAGGGCGACGAGGCACCUUUGAGAAGGAGGUGAGGGAGUGGGGCACAGAGGAGGUGGCAGGGUGGCUGGAUACACUGCUGCUGUCAGAGUACCAAGAGUCCUUCUUCAGCCAUGACAUUCGAGGUGCUGAGCUUCUCAACUUGGAGAGGAGGGACCUCAAAGAGUUGGGCAUAACAAAGAUUGGUCACAUCAAGCGGAUUCAACAAGGUAUUCGUGAAAUCAAGGAGAGUAAGUCACAUGGUUAAGUUUUCCCAUAAAUGUUUACUGAUGAGCACAUAAACUUAGGAUGUGCUUAAUGUCUGUCACCAUUGGAUAUAAGAACUCUGAUUUUAUUCAUACCUGAGUAUGUGAAGGACUUUAGUUGAAAGGAUUUUACAUAAUGUAAAUCAUGUGUGAUUUAUGAUUAUUGCAAAAUUUCUCCAAGUACAAAGUGUUUUACAUAAUUAUAUUUUCAUCAUAAGUCUCUCCAGCCUAGCAGUGAGUGAUGCUGGGUUGUAUUUAUUAUAAAAUAGGUUAUAGUAUUUAUUUUAUAAUUUUAAAUCUUUUCAUAUUUAAGUGAAAUUUACAUGGUGAGAAUAAUUACUGACUGAAUCACAUGGUUGUGGCAGAGUUUGCAUCCUGCAGGUGUUUGCACUCCCCCAUGACAUAAAUGAUAUUGAUUUUUCUACACUAGCCAAAUUGUAUGUUGUUACUAAGGCCUGGCCAUUUUGUACACCAUGGGCUCCAAUAAUGAAGUUAGGCUAGUCAUCUUUUUGUAAUAUUACUGUUACCUUCUAAGUUAAUGAAAUAGCAGUCACUUAUGCAAUUGAUGCUGUUUAUUUAAUUAUAUUUUCAUAUUUUAUGUGAUAUAUGUAAUUCUUUUAUGAACUCUAUAGAUUAAUUCUGUAUUGGAUUUUAAGUACACCUGUUGUAAGGUGUUUAACAGUUACAUCUUCCUUACAUUGUUUUGGUGCCCACACAGUUCUUCAGGACAGCUCUUAUCCUGGAAUUAUUGUGUAUUAGUCAUAAUGAUUUUUGGUAGUACUCUUUAGUACAUUACAUAGCAUCAUUUGUAAUGAUGUAUACUUGUAGAUCCAUUUGUAUCACUGAUGUUCCGGUCAGUUUUAUAUGCUGUAAACUUCUCGAUACAAAUGUUCUCCACAUGGCUGUCAUAUUUUCUAACUUUUACCUCAUAAUGGACAGUCUUGCAGUUUUGCAAGAUUCUGUCAAAAGUUCAAGGAUAUAAUAUUGUUGCCUUUACAAUAACAUUGUAACAAUCCUUGUUUUCUACUCUUCAAGACCAUGAUCCUUGCAUCAUGAGACAAAUGCUCCCAGUGCUGACAUGUGCUGGUUGAGGACAGAGCCAUCUCUUUUCAGCCACAGCACUUCUGAUGUAGUCAAGUGCUGGUCAGGCUGGAGCUGUGUUCACCUGAUGUUUAGUAGUAAUUUGUAUGGCUGAUCCAUAUUUUAGCUCCAUUGUGUACUUAAGAAGCACACAAUGGAGUGAUGAAUUCAGUGAUUUGUAUAUACCAUAUACAUGUUAGAGCUAUGUGUUUGAUAUUCACACUUUCUUUAAUACCUUAGAUAAACACAUGCAUAUGCACUGAUACAGUUCAUUAAAACUGUUGUUGUAUUUCAAAUGGUAUAUCAUGUUACUUCUUCAUGUGAGACAUUGUAGAGUGUCUCUUCAUUAAUUGCAUUUUUUUUACUGUUUUUUGUUGUUGCUGGACCUUUGGCAGCUUUCCUACACUCACCUUAUAGUUUACAAAGACAGUCACCACACUCAUUAAGGCAGCUAUAUUCCUCAGCCUCUUGGGGGUGCUGUACCCAUGCACAGCUGCCUCAUCACCUGCAGUUUGUGUGUGUCAUGGUCAGGGAGGAGCGCCGCCUCACACACCAUGUAUGGCUGGCACACAAAGCUGUCACUAUUUUUGGGUGAGGGAUGAGCUAACACUGGUGGUGGGGCGCGUGCUGGGCCAGCCUCCCUCGCUGCUGGUGUCUCCAGUGUGUAUAAUGAAUCAUUCCAUCUCCACCAAGGUUAUUAUAAGGUAUCAGUAUUAUAGGUGUUAUUUGUAUUACAUUAUUAUUAUUUUUUUUUUUUGGUCACAAUGCAUAAUGAUAUGUAUUAGAAUUACUUUUGAAAAUUUCACAAUGUGCAUGUAUAUAUUUUUAGUGAGCAAACUGCACACAGUCUUGGUCUAGUUUUGUAUUUAUGAUUAAUGUACUAAGCAGAAACUUUGAUAUUGUUCACAAUAUUUUUACCACAUUUACCAUUAUGAGACGUGCCUAAAUCCUGUUGAUGGUGUUAUCUUUCUAACGUUGAGAUUUGUAUCAUCGUGUCUUUCUACGCUGUUGACCUUUAGAUGGCAGUUGUUUUGGGUGUCGUUGCACUUCCUGUGGGUGCUCUCCCUCGGUGGUGCUGCUCUUGUGUUUUGGCUUAACUAGUCGCCCCUUGUAGUCAAGAGUAUUUUUGGUGUUAGUUUAUGUGUUGUUGUGUGGCAUUUUCUUCUUUUGAACACUACCAAGUUCCUGAGAGAUGCAUUGAGUGCACUGGCUGGGCUGUGGCUGGAGGCUGCUGCCAUGUUAACACUGAUGGAAGGAGAGCGGCAGCCACUCAGAAUAUCUUUUUUAUUGGAGAAAUGGAAUGUCAAUUUUCUUGAAAAGUCAUAGAGAACCUCCAAAAGUAAAGAAUACUUAGAUAAAUGUAGAUGUUACCUUUUCCAUUUUUUCCAGUGUCUUGGAGGGAAUAAGGUAUCGGAGGUACAUAUGCAAGGGUAUUCCACUUUACAAGUAUUCUUUAUUAGUUAACUCGCUGUACAGACCAUAGAAAAUCCAAAAUGUUGAUUUCCAUCUGCCUUUUUUCUAUGGGAAAGUAACCAUAUAUUCCACUGCAAUGCCUAAAAUUGCAUACAUCAGUAAUGUACCAUAUUAACUGAACCUAUUUUUGCAUCAUCAUCAUCAUUAUCAUUGUCAUUACAAGCUUUCAAUUUCCCAAAGAAGCAUGCAUUCGUUUGUUGUUAUUUUGAUAUUGAGGUUUAAAAGUUCUUAAAUCCAAAUACAUUCCACUGUUGGUUUUAUUUUAUAUGCUGAAGUUUUGAGGCCUGAAUGUGAUAUAUUUUGUUUUAUUAAUUUUGAUAGAAGGGAUGAAUGAAGUUUGUUUUUCUCCCACUUUUUAAAGGGUUUUGGGAUACUUGUACCAUUUACAAAAAACAUGUUGAAAAUUGAUUACAAGCUGCAGCCCUUGUCAGCCCAGCCCAGCCCAGGCCAGCCCAGGUUUGCUGGGUGAGUGCCUCAUUGAAACGGUUCUCCUGGGGCUGCCCAAGGCGCCUCCAGUCAUGGAUGGCAAGAAACACAGUCCUGUACCUUUUUGGUGUGGUUUGUGAUGCUCAUGUCCACCAUAGGUGAACAUAAUUUAUCUGUCAUAGCUUGUUUUCUAAGAUAUUACAUUGUAAAGAAACUCCUACAUAAUAGCAAUAUUACAUGUGGAUAGAGGAUUUUGAUUGUAGAUUUUAAUGUAACUAAAGCUUGGCUACUUUGUCCAGAAAACUCAAGCUUAACAUUGCAAACCUUUUUUUCCAGUAUAGUGAAAUUCUUAGAAUCUUAAUUACAUUUCAGAAUUUGUGUCUUCAUUCUUGUUCUUAUUGACAACAAUGAUUUUUCUCUCUGUUGUUAUAUGACAAAGAGGUGCCAAAAUUAACUAAAUUACUGAUAGAAUUUAAAAAAUCAUAAAAUCAUAUUUUAUAGCCUCCAAAUACUUUUGAAUAUUAUGAAUAAAAUUACAUAAUUUUAGUUAUUCCAUUUUAUGGGAUAGGUACUAUUUAGUGAGGUAGUGGAAGUUAAUCGUAUAACUGGUGUAAGAACACCAAUAACAAUUUUCCAUGAUCCAAAGAACCUAACACAGUAUUGGUAUUUAUUCUACUAGUAUAUAAUCAGACUUGGAUAUUCCUCAUCACUAAAUACCUCAAAGACCUGAAAUUACUUGAGGUUUACUGAAACUUCCAACUUUUAUGUUGAAAAUAAGGUUUAGUCCCCUUGACCAGCAAUACCAUCACAUGUCAACACCUUUAGCUGACACUGACUCUCACAAACUUCCACAAAGGAGGACCCAGGCAGAAUAGUCUCCUCUUCCUCCAGUCCACAUGCUCUGUCCUUGAAUAUUCUGGUCUUCAACUUCCACUCUUGUAAUACCCAGUCUUGCAAUUUAUAAGUUGUUUUCUUAAACCUCCCAUAUCUACCUUGUCACCUCAUCCUCCCUAUUUUCUCUGUAGUGUGCUGAGUUUAUCCACUCAACGGCUCAUCCCAAUACCUUUAUCAACCCUGCCAACUAUUUUAUGGGUAUUUUGGAUAUUUUAAUUACCUAAAAGACAUUCACUCCCAUUCUUCUUUUCUUUUCUCUUCACAGUCACAUCUCAGAUCCUUCUUUUCUUAUGCUAUGGUAGUAGGCUACUGUCUCUCCAUUGCUCAUGAUUCCCCUUCAUCAUACACCCCAGGGAUCCCACCAUCUUCCUCCCCUGCUUGGCUUUCUAACAGCCUUCCAUCCGUCGUACAUGCUUGUGUAAAAUUUAGCCAACAUACACAAACCCACUAAACUCAUUCACCUCCUACAUUAUUUGUUCACUCAACUUGAUCACACACUGUUUAUUGCCUUCAACUAUACAAGGUUUCUAAAUGCUACUUCACUCUUUGUUUCUCUUAAGAUACCUUCAUAUUCCUUUUACACUUACAACUUCUGUGUCUUGCAGAUAUAGAUUAAAACAUUUCAUAACGUAUGUAAAUCCUUUUUUUAUCAGUCACUGAAACUGUCAUUUACAAGAAUUGUAUUCAGUUUCCAUCAUUAUAUAUUUUACCACAUUAAUGCCAUUGUUUUCUCUUCAUCUUUCUUGUAACACAUUAGUGUACAAAUUAUAAGAAAGAUGAAGACAGGUUUUCAAAAGAAUUAUUAAUAAAGUUCAUUGUUUAGAUAAUACAGUUAUGACUUCUUGGAAUAGAGAAAAUUAAUUAUUUAAUGAAUUUGCUAAUGUCUGCAAAAGAGGGAAGUUGAAGAUAAAUAGGAAUAAGAAUAAGGUGAUGAAUACUGAAGGAAACAAAAAGUAGAAUGAAAUGACUCUUUAAGAACCAUAUUAUCAUCAAGUGUAAGUGUUGUGAGUAAGCAAUGUUUUUAUUUACCUGGAAACAAUAUUGAGCAUUGAUGCAAAUCAUUUUUGUGACACUGAACUAACCACAUCUUGAUAAUUUCAUCCAAAUGAUGAAAAGCAUGUUGAAAUCUAUAGUGUUUCUGAGUAAGCCUUUACAGUUACUAUUGGUAGUGUGAAGUAUAAAAGUAAAGCUCUUGUCACAUGCACAGAGCACUACAGAGUUGUUAUGGUGGUUAUUUUUGCAGGAAGGAAAAUAGAGUAUUGAAUCCUUAAAGGUUAAGAUAAUCAUGUUUGAGAGGAAACUAGUUUAAGAUCCACCAUUAAUGCUUUCUUUAAAGAAUAUUAUGCAAAGAACAUAAAUGGUAUGGUCAAUGGAAUUUCUAAAUAUAUUUAUAAAAAGUCAUUUUGCAGACUUUAAAAAUAUGCUGUCUUCUUAAGUAUUGUGGAUGUUUGUGGAUUCAAGAAGCUGGAGGAACAUAGUGAAAGGGGUUGAGUGUUUGAUGGUGUUUAAAAGUACAAAGAAAAUUUAGUGUCAGGUAACAGGCACUGCACUAACACUGAAGGUAUCUUGCAUGUGUCCAAGAUAUAUUAUAUAUGAAAUAUUAAAAGAAACAUAUUAGAGCAAUAUAAUGUAAGUUCUUUUGAAGGUGCUGGUAUGAUUUCACUUAUAUAACAAAGCAUGUGAGUGAGCCACCCUCUUAUAAGGGCACCAGAGCCACUGCAGUGAUCCUUUUGUCGUCUGGUGUCACACUUGUUAGGAAUCUGUGAUAAGAAAACUGUUAGGCAAUGGUGGGACAAACUUUUAUUUUAUCACUGCUAUCCCUUCCCAUAAAGCAGUAGGCCAACAUUUCCUUCAUACUAUGAAGGCAGUUAAGCGCCACUUUACUCAUGCAUUUACGUGAGUCCUCAUGAAUGUUCUUGGAUCAUUUUGUCUUGUUUUUGUUGCAUUCACAGUAUUUUUGGUCAAUUGUAUAACAUUGCUUAAGAAAGGGAUGAGUGUAAGUUGUGCAUAGUGAGCUUCUUAUUGUAAAUGAAGUAGGUAGUCAUCAGUAAUAAGUGUACUUAACUUCAUGACCGUAGUCAUUAACACUACUUCAUUGUUUUUAUAUAAGGAAUCAAAUAAAUUUCACAUCAGUAAUUCUGAAAACACUAGAAAUGAUGUCCAAUUUCUUAAUGCUCAGUGAUUUGUCAGCCUUUAGACCUCUGUAAAUUGAGUCCUUCUUUGUCUCCAUGCUCAGUGUUCUGUCCUAUGUUGCUGCUUCAUCUUUCAAGGUGUUGUUUAGUCUUAUAUUCUUACAACAUGGAUUGUGUAAUGACUUUGUUUGAAGUUGUCACUCACUCACAAGUACCUACCAAAAUUCAAUGUUACCUUGUAUCAUUUUUUCUUGUCUUCUAAAUUUUUAAUUAAUGUUUUAAUUCUAUAUCAGCCUUUGAUUAAAAGUAAUUUUGUAUUACUAAAUAUACAAGUCUGUGAGCCACUGAGCACAUGUCCUUUGAGAGUAUGAUGAAGCAGUCAGCUUUAGAUUAUUUUGUUAAGCAAUUUGAAGGGAAAGAAAUUUGCAAAACUUGUGUUUUUACUGAAUUUGUUGAUAACAACAUAGUUUUAGCAUUAUAAAACAGUAUUUAUGACUUUUUGGGACCAUUCAUAUAUUCCAAAAUGUAAAGAAGAUAUUAAUCUCAAAACAUUAGUGACCUUUUUUUUAACACACAUGAGAACCAAUGAACAGUAUUUAUUUCCUCUCUAAGAACAUAGCUAGUGAAAUGUUUAAAUCCUAAAUUGUUUGUUGUCAGUCCUAAGGUUUCAUGUCCCAACAUACCAAAGAAGGUGCACAAGAUGCUUGGCUGACUGUCGGCAGUCAAGCGUUGGUUAAUUGUUUUUACAUGUACACUGUGCAAUACUGCUACUUACAUGUCAUAGAGUUUAGUUUACCGAUUUUCUUGAAUCAUAAAACUUCCUUUAAUCUUCAGGCUUUACAGAGAGAUUGUUCCACUCUCUACGUACCUUAUUCUCCCUAUCAAUACUGUAGUAAGACUUUUAUUUAUAUUCUCACCUACUUAAAUCUGUCACAGUCUAUGUAUGCUCUUCUCAUGUCAAGCCAACGAGUGAUUUUUUUUUUUUUUUUUUUUUCCCCCCCCCGUUCUGUAAGGGAAAACAUCAAGAGUACAGAAAAGUCCCGGAUGCUGGGGUGCACCACAGACUCAGAAUAAUGGCAGUGCCCUCACAUGUUAGCUGUUUAUCUGCCCUCAAGUCAUUACUAAGUAAAAUGAACAUUUAGUGUCUGUAUUGGCAUUACUAUUAUACAUCAAGCAUAUACUGUAGAGAAAAGGCACUAUUUUACUUCAAAAUAGUUGUUUCAUUUUAAUGUUAACUGUUGUUUGUUUUUCUAAUCUGUUUUGAACUUCUAUAAAUCUGAGCUGAUAGUGUUGCCACGAAGUGACCCCUUAUGGACAAAGCUACAACAGGGAAGAUGAAUGGGAGUAUGCCAUUAACACACUGCUGUUUAAAAGCUGAUGUGCUGGUGUAGUAUGAUCAGCAUCUCAAGGUAUGAAAAAAUGAGCAGAAGUUAUUUAUUAUAUCCACUGAUUUCUAUGUAGCCUUUUAUGAGUCAGCAACUGUGCUCGAUGUCAUAUGACUGUGCUGAGUAGCUGUGCUGACCCAAUCACCUCAUUUGUUGCCACUUUAAUGUAGCCCACCUUGACUGGUUCAUCACCUAAACUGUGUAUAAUAAUUUAUAAGUCAUCUGUUACAACUUUUUUAAUGCAUACACAAGUCUUCAAUAAAUGUUUAUACAAUACUA